AUGCCUGCUACUGGCGAAUCUGAAGAGACUCCUCCACCUGCAGCAACAUCUUUUCAGCCGGGUUAUGCCUUCAAACCGCCUGAGCCCGUGAAAUUGGCAAAGAAUGGAGUUGAAAGCUGGAAAAUAUGGAAACAGCUGUGGCAGCAUUAUUGUAUCGUCUCUAACGCCGAUUCACACUCGCCUCAAUUCAAGAAAUCUCUCUUGAUCUCUACCAUGGGAAUAGAAGCUUUACAAAUCUACAAUGGCUGUGACCCUGUAGAAACUGACACUGCUAAAGAUAUACUAACCAAACUUGAUGCUCACAUACUUGGUGAAACCAACGAGACCUACGAGAGGUACAAGUUCAACACUCGAGUCCAGAAACCUGAUGAGAGUAUUGACAGCUAUGUUGCAAGCCUGAAGACAUUGGCCGAGACUUGCAAUUUCUGUGAGUGCUUGAAAACUUCCUUACUGAGGGAUAGAGUGGUACUUGGUGUGAAAGAUGAUCAUACCAGAAAGCGACUGCUGCAAGAAGGAAAACUCACUCUACAGAAAGCACUUGACAUUUGUCACAGUUAUGAGAAAACGUCUGAUCAACUGAAGAUUAUUUCUGGAAAGGAAGAGGAGGUACACCGAUUGAAUAUAAACAAGCAAAAAACAAAAGGAGCUUCACAUGGUCAAAGGAACAAGCCAGUCGGUAAUGGUAAACCUGGAGGCACGAAUCCUCGUCAAGCUGCUAAAUGCAAAUUUUGUGGCUAUUCUCACACUCUAAAGAAGGAAUUCUACAAAGCUUGGGGGAAGAGAUGCAAUAAUUGCAAGGCUCCCACCAUUUCUCGAGUUGCUGUCCAAGUUUGGGUGGCAAGAAACAAGUCCAUACUGUUGGUGACGGAUCUGACUCCGAUUCCUCUGCUGAAAUGUGGUCCCUUAUAUGCUGAGAUGUGUCUAAAAGAUGGACGGAGAGUCAAAUUCCAGGUUGAUUGCGGUGCCACAGUCAAUGUUAUAAAUCAGAAAUAUGUGCCGCAAAACACUCAACUACAAGAAUCGAAAAAUACACUGAGCAUGUACAACAAAACUACUCUUAAACCAGUGGGAAAGUGUCGGAUUAUCACUAUAAAUCUGAUUACGAAGAAGAAGUAUAAUGUCAUGUUUGAAGUUGUGAAAGAGGAUUUAACACCCUUGCUUAGCAGAAAAGCAGCGGAACAGAUGAAGCUCAUCACAGUCAACUAUGAUAACUUCAAGCAGGUCCAUGUAGUCACUGAUGGAUUCACAGAAUUAGUGACUGAAUACAAAGCUGUAUUUGAUGACACUGCUGUAGGAUGUUUCUCAGGAAAAGUAAAUCUCAAGGUUGAUGGCAAUGCUGUGCCUACUCAAAGUCCACCACGACGAGUACCUAUCAGUGUUAAACCUGCACUUGAGAAAGAGUUACACAACCUUGUCAAGCUUGGAGUCCUGAAGCCUGUAACUGAGCCAACUCAAUGGUGCUCACAGAUCUCUAUACAGAAGAAGAAGAAUGACCAGCUCAGGAUCUGUCUUGACCCAAGAGUCUUGAAUGAAGCUCUUCAGAGGGAAAUAUACCCUCUCCCGACAAUUGAUGAUAUCCUGCCUGAGUUUGCCAAUGCUAAGCUGUUCAGUAAGUUUGAUCUAGCUCAUGGUUACUGGCACUGUGAACUUGAUGAAGAGAGUAGUUACAUGACCACAUUCAUCACUGUGAAUGGCAGAUUUCGUUGGUGUCGUCUCCCAUUUGGUCUCAAAGUCAGUUCUGAGAUAUUCCAGCGUAAGCUCAUGGAGAGUCUAUCAGGUCUUCGUGGAGUGGUCUGUGUGGCUGAUGACAUUCUAGUUUAUGGACAUUCUGAGGGUGACCAUGAUGAGAAAUUGAGAAAUCUACUUGAUGUUUGUGCUAGAAAUAACAUUAAGCUGAAUCACCAGAAGAGUGUGUUCAAGACCACUGAAGUUGAGUUCCUUGGUCACGGAACAACAACGACAGUGACUGAGAACAAUGUUUAUCAGCACGUUGCUAUACGCAAGGACAAUUGCCAGCAAAACUCGUUUUUUACUGCACAGCAGCUUGACGUUGUUGGAUUUAGUAACUUUAGCGGGCGACUUGUCCAAAGUAAUGCUAACCUCGCAGUAGUUGCACCCCUGAACAAUAUCAGUCGAAAAGUCAUGCUCUCCAGAUAUGAUGUUGAUGGCCUUCCUACUUUCCUUGUAGUUGACUUCAUGAGAAAGACUUUUCCUGUGACACUAGAGACAAUUGUUGUACCAUAUUAUCCAGUUACAGAUGAUAUGGUGCUUGUCAGGGGAGACCAAGCAGACACUAUAUGGGGGGCUCGAGUGUUAACAUUUAAUUUAGAAAGGAAAUCAUUCAAUGGACGCUUCUUCAAAGAACGAGAUGAUGGCUUGUGGAUAACAGAGGGAACUAGAGAUCAAGUCAUUCAUUUUAUCAGUGUUCUUGGCCUGUCCAUCUGUCAGCUGUGCAAGAUCCCAAAGCCAGUUGGCGAUUGUCAUUCUCCCAGUAUCUGCAUCAGUGGGAAGAGUAUUCGCCACCUACCCUUCAGCAUACCAUACGCAUGCUAA